AUGCCCGGCCGCCCCGACGACUACGAGGUGCUGCUCACCAUCGGCGCCGGCUCCUACGGGAAGUGCCGCAAGGUCCGCCGCAAGGCCGACGGCAAGAUCUUGGUAUGGAAGGAACUGGACUAUGGCGCGAUGACGGAGUCGGAGAAGCAGAUGCUCGUGUCGGAGGUGAACCUGCUGAGGGAGCUGCGGCACCCGAACAUCGUGCGCUACUACGAUCGCAUCAUCGACAGGAGCAGCACCACCCUGUACAUCGUCAUGGAGUACUGCGACGGGGGAGACCUGGCCAGCCUCAUCGCCAAGUGCGCCAAAGAAAGGCAUUUCUUGGAUGAAAGCUUUGUUCUCCGAGUGCUGACCCAGUUAACGUUGGCCCUGAAGGAGUGUCACAGACGGAGCGAUGGUGCAGUCGCUGUGCACCGGGACCUGAAACCAGCAAAUGUCUUUCUAGAUGGCAAACAGAAUGUGAAACUUGGAGACUUUGGGCUGGCCAGGAUAUUGCGCCAUAACACCAGCUUUGCCACAACGUUUGUCGGCACUCCAUAUUACAUGUCUCCAGAACAAAUGAACUACUUGUCAUACAAUGAGAAAUCUGACAUCUGGUCGCUGGGAUGUAUCGUGUAUGAAUUAUGUGCUCUCUCGCCUCCAUUUACAGCUUUCAACCAAAAGGAGCUGGCAGAAAAGAUAAGGGAAGGGAGGGUCAGGCGAAUACCGUAUCGUUACUCAGAUGAGCUGAACAACCUUCUCAGGGACAUGCUGAAUGUAAAGGAUUACUGCCGACCUUCUGUUGAAGAUAUUCUGCGGCACCCCUUGAUAGAAGAUAUGGCAACAGAAGAACAGAAACAGAAUUCUGAAAGAAGAUGCCUCAAACUGUGGGAGCCAGAAAGGCUGCAGUUCUCAGAUGUUGUAGUAAAUGAGCUGAAACGAAAGGAGCAGCAGUUACAGGAGCGAGAGCAAGCCAUUAAAGAGAGAGAACAGCGUCUGGAGCAGAGAGAACGGGAGCUCAGUGUUCGGGAGAGACUGGCAGAGGACAAACUUGCUAGAGCUGAAAGCCUGCUGAAGAGGUGCAGUCUCCAGAAGCAGCAGCAGCAGGAGGUAACGUGCGCGGAAGGCCCAGAUAACACACUCCUGCUUCCCCUUUCUACAACCAAGAAGAACUCACACUAUGAUGGAACUGAAGAGAAAGCUGUACCUCAUAAUAUGGAAAACUAUUUCCUUUCCAAAGGAAAAAGCUCUGAUCUCAAAAGGCGUCUCUAUGCUGCAAAUCUACGGGCUCAAGCGCUGGCUGAACUGGAAAAAAACUAUCAACUAAAGAGCAGACAAAUCUUGGGCAUGCGUUGA